AUUUGAAAGCAUCCUGCAUAGUUCUGACAGUGACUGCAUUGGCAGACAGAUUGGCAGACAGAUUCAAAGGGAGGAGCCAAGAACCCAGACCAUACAACAGAACUGAUGCAAACAUUAUUUGCUGCCAAGAAAUCAACAACUAUGUAUCAUCACAAAUCAACAGCCUGCAGGGACACACUGGAAAUGACCAGUUAUCGUCGAGCUGCUAAAAAGGAUACUGAGCUCAGGAUUGUUCUUGUUGGGAAAACCGGAGUCGGAAAAAGUGCAGCAGGAAACACCAUGUUAGGAGGAAGAUUUUUUAAUUCUUGUCUCUCUUUUUCCUCUGUGACUUCGGUCUGUGAGAAGAAAAUCAAUGAUUUUGAUGGUUUAAAUCUGGCUGUUAUUGAUACUCCAGGGCUGUUUGACACAGAUAAAAGUAAUAAAGAGAUUAUGGAAGAAAUCGCUAAAGGCAUCUGCCUGGCGGCUCCUGGUCCUCAUGUGUUCCUGAUUGUGCUCCAACCGACCAGAUUCACCACAGAAGAAGAAAGAAGCUUGAGAAUUAUCCAGAAAAUUUUUGGCAAUGAAGCAGCCAAUUACACUAUGAUCCUGUUUACCCACGGAGACGAACUAAAACGGGAAAAUAUUACAAUAGGAAACAUGUUACUAAGACACAGACCUCUAAAGCACUUCAUCAGUCAGUGCUCCAUCUUCCAGACCUUUGAAGAUAAAUAUCAUGUCUUUGACAACACAGUUGAGGAUCCUGCUCAAGUCAGGGGUCUGGUGCAGAAGAUCAACAGGAUGGUUAAGGAAAAUGGAGGACGUUUCUACACCAACGAAAUGUUUGAAGAGGCACAGAGAGCCAAGCAAGAAGAAGCAGAACGACUAAUCAGAGAAAAUCCAGAAAUUGAUCCUGAAGAUGCAAAAAGGCAGGCAGAGAGAGACAACUCGUUUAUGCGUGUUGCUCUGGGGGCUGCGGCUGCUGGAGCUGCUACUGGAGCUGGUGUUGGAGCUGCUAUUGGAGUUUUAGGAGGACCGAUAGGAGUUGCUGUUGGAGCCGGUAUUGGAGUUAAUCUGGGAGCAAUUGUUGGAGCUGCAGCAGCAGUGCAAAAGAUGGGAUGUUCUACACAGUGAUAAUAUGUGUGAUGUUCUGGCUGCAGCUUAGUAAACUAUGAUGUUACAUGAAUAACAAAAUAUUUACCAGUAUAAGCAGAUAUUUAUCUAAUUAGUUAAAGGCAUAACUGAGGAUGGAAUAACUGUCAAUCAGUUGAACAGCUGUCAAUGAUUAAUAUUUACAAUCAUAACCUGAUUGAUUACAUAAUGUAAUGUAAGCUAAGUUUAUGGUUAUUUGUCUAUGUUAAUUAACAUUUUUGAUUUUGGACAUAAAUCAGCAUAAACAAUUGUGUAAUUAAUACAUUGUUUAAAUGGAGCAUAACCAUUAUGACAGCAAAGCCAUUAUUAAAAAAUCUGAUUUCAGAAUAAAGACACUUUUACUCACAAAUCAGUUUGUUUCCCAUCACAUUCAGAUGAAACUGGACAACAUAAAUUGAUAACUGAAGUGAAAUAAGGGAAGUUUCAGGUCCAGCAGCAGAACAUUGAGAAUGUCAGGAAACUGGAAACGUGAUUUUAAUCAGCAGGUGUUUCACAUGAAACUGUCCCUGCUACAUUAAGAGCUGAAGGAUCAGGUUCAAAAGGCUGCAAACAGCUCCACCCUGUGGAGCCUUAGAGAUGUAUGAUAUGAUAUGUAUGUAUGAUAAAGCAAUGUACAUGUGUACAGGCCCGGUACACAAAAAAACAUAUGUUUGUUGUCACACGCUACUGGAUU